AUGUCAUCCUCUGACAUCCCCACGCUCAAGAUCCUCCUCAUUGGAGCAUCAUCCGUCGGCAAAUCUUCCCUCCUUCUCCGUUUCACCGAUGACGAAUUCCUCUCACCUGAAGAAACAACCGCAACCAUCGGUGUAGACUAUCGUAUCAAAGGCAUUGAAGUUGGCGGCAAACGGUUCAAACUUUCCAUCUGGGACACAGCAGGCCAAGAACGUUUCCGAACUCUCACUUCCAGCUACUACCGUGGAGCACAAGGUGUUAUCAUCGCAUACGACGUUACACAACGAGACACGUUCGAUGCUCUCCCCACCUGGUUCAACGAGUUGGAAACGUUUACUACGAGUGAGGACGUGGUGAAGAUCAUUGUGGGGAAUAAGGUGGAUAAGGAGUUUUCGAGAGUAGUGACAACAGAGGAAGGGCAGGGAUUUGCGGAUAAGAUGGGAUGUUUGUUUGUAGAGUGUAGCGCGAAGAAGGGAGUGGGAGUGAAUGGAGCGUUUGAUGAAUUGGUGAAUAGGAUUAUUUCUACUCCGUCGUUGUGGCAAAAGACAGCGCCGGGAGAGAGGAGACCAGGAGAUAGGAUGCCGGGAGGUGUUCCGGCAGCUCAUGCAGCGGAUAGCAGCCGAGGGAAUAUCUCAUUGACAAAUUCGCAAGGAUAUGUUGGAUAUGGGCUUGGGGUUGCGAAGGAAAACUGCAAUUGCUAA